AUGGUUUCAUUCUUAAAAGUUUCAAGUUUAGUUGUGUUAGCUACUUCUUUCCAAUCAGUCUUAGCUACUCCACCUGCAUGUUUGAUUGCUUGUGUUGCCCAAGUUGAAAAACAAUCUUCUUGUUCAGGUUUAAAUGAUAUAAGUUGUAUUUGUUCAUCUGAAGGUAGUGCUGUUGAACAAUGUUUAAACAGUAUUUGUCCAAAUGGUGAUGCUCCAGCUGCUAUUUCUGCUUUUGAAUCUAGUUGUCAAGGUUAUAGCUUAAACUUAUCCUCAUCAUCUUCAAGUUCUUCAAGUUCAACUUCAUCAAGUUCAUCUUCUUCAAGUUCUUCUUCUUCUUCCACUUCAACCUCCACUUCAUCUACCGAAGCUACUACUUCUUCUACUUCCACUGAAGCUACCACUUCUUCCACUUCAACCACCGCUGUUCCAUCUUCAACUACUGUUGCUGCUGUUUCAACUGUUGAAUCUACCACCUCUUCUUCAUCUACUGAAGCUCCAACCACUUCGUCCACCACCUCAUUAGCUACUUCCACCACCAGUGCUGCUCCAGAAACUACUGCUGCUGCCGUCACCACCCAAUCCGGUGCUGCUGAUAUCAGACAAUUCUCAAUGGCUGCUUUAGUUGGUUUAGUUGGUUUUGCUUUCUUAUAA